UGGAUUCCAAGUAUACGAGUACCGAGAAGUUGAGGUUGGCGUGGUGGACUAUUAGCGAUAAGUGAGUCGUUGGAUUUUGUGAUGACAUAACACACCUCACAAACCACCCACCAAAUAAACAUUACUUUCCGCUGCUGAUUAGUCACUCACUCGUCUUUCCCUGCUGAAUCUUCUUAUUCAUGGUGCAACCGCAGAAGGUGGGAUAACAGAGAUCGCGUCUUUGUUUAUUUACUUACUGUGUGGCCCGGUCUGCUGGCCUUGCACUCUCUGAAUCUACGGAUCGUCGCAUGAAAAUCCACUUUGGCGAAUCAUUCGUUACAUAGCCCACGGUGUUCUAUUAUGAAUCCUCGGAACCAUCCAUGUCCUCCUUCUCUCAGAAUUCGCUCACAAAUAGUUACAUCCAUAGUUCAGUGAUCUCUCUGAGUCUAAGUUUUGGGACGUUAUAUAAAAGCCUGUGUACAAAUUGAUCUCGAUUCUGUUGGUGAUCCUGGGUCAGUUAUGAAGCUACUUUCUCAUCGUCCGUUCUCUUCUUCUUCUUUUGGGAGAGGAGAACGGUGCAUGGUGAUAAUUUUGUCGUCAUAUUUUCUGCUAACGUUGUCUCGGAGCGAAGUGCAGCAAGGUCACCCGCAACUCCAACAUUUCACACCUCCGUCAACGGUCCAGUUCCUCGGAGUAUUUACGAGAAGUUCGAGUGCCGCGUCCGUGGGGGCGUCCCUCGCCGUGGACGACAUAAAUGCCCACAACGUUCGGACCAACCUUCCCUUCAGAGUCAACUUGGUUGAGGAAACUGGUGUAGGAGGAGGAGGAGAGACGCAUUGCGGAGCUAUGGAGGACCCUGUGACUUUGAUGUCCCGGCUGCUCAGUGCUGCCAUGUCGUCUGCAAGUCCACCCUUCACGCCGAUAACGACGAAACCUAUAAUCCUGGCUGGGUGUCACUCAGACUGUGUUCUCCUUGCCCAGGCGGAAAGUGAUGCCAUCACUAUGUGUUACGGGCUGAGAUCUUCGGUAACUCGGAUGGACGAUGUGACCACGUCUGAAAUGUUUAUGAUGCAGCCAGACCUCUGCACCCUCAUCAUUCCUCUCACCAAGCUCGUUCUUCAAUUUGGCUGGAGAAAGGUGGCCGUGAUAAGCUUUGGAGGAGAUCCACUCGGAUAUUUGGCAGAACUUGUUGGGAGCGUUUUGGAGGAACAUGGAGUGAGAGUAGGGCGUCUGGACGGGCGGGCAAGCUUUGGUCUUGUACAACAACGCAAUUUUCGCAUUGUUGUCGUGGUGGGUGGCGAGGUCAUGGGGAGAGAAAUAUUGUGCGCUAUCUAUAAAGCGGCAAUGUUUAACAACUACGUGUGGAUAUUCAUUGGUCCGAGUGGGAAGGAGUGGGUGGUGCAAGGAGAACAUGGGGCGAUACCUGGGAGUUGUAGAGUGGAUCAGUUAGUAGCGGCGGCGGAAGGUCACCUCGUCCUCAGCCCCAUGAUGUGGCACCCAAACCCAAACUUACGCACCGUCUCUAACAGGACAGCGGCCAGCUUCCGGAGAGAAGUAGUGCGGCGUCUGGGCGGUCAGCUGCGGAUGAUGGAUUUUGACGAGGCCCCACUUGCCUAUGACGCUGUAUGGGCUGCCUACAUCGGAGUAGCGAGCUCUCUGUUGGAAUGUGGGGGUACUACGUGCCCCAUCCAGAUGGAUGAUUCCCUCAACGGGGUCAUGUUUCCUGGAGUGUCGGGGAACGUAUCUUUUCGCGAUGGUCGGCGGAGCGUAACGGGAGUCACUUUACGCGUCGAACAGUUCAAGAAUGGACGUUAUGAGGAGGUCGCAUUCCACUUCAAUGGCAACAAUAGUUGGUCCUGGGUGAGGCAGUCUAUAUUCGGGUCAGAAGUUCCAGGAGACGGGUUUGACGUUGGGGAUACUUUUUUCCCAGACAUCCCAUUUCCACCAUCUCUCACCCCACCAGAACCACCUGAGCGCAGCUCUGCAAACACCCCACUUGCCCCUCCCGCAAGAUUUGGCAUCGCCACCUUCUUCUAUCCUCUGAGCAUUAUAUCUCAACACUACAUAUUAUACUGCAUCAUCUCAACCUGAAUAAUAAAGGGACUUAAAUAUUAA